AUGACGGAUUCUGUUGUCGUGGAGGGAUAUGCCAGACUCAGAGAUGGAAAAAAGUGGAAAACUAGGUGGCUCGUCCUUCGCAAGCCGUCGCCUGUAGCAGACUGCCUCGUGCUGCUGGUUUUUAAAGACAAGUCCGAGAAAGCACAGGGCAACAAGGAGAGAGCCAGUGUCACCUUGGAGGAGAUCUGCGGCCUGGAAGUGGGACAGUGGUAUGAAGGUGUGGCUUUUACUCUGGUCAUCCUCUGCCUGAACCAGACUGUGCUACUGGGUUUCGACAGCAGGGAGGCUCUGCAGGCGUGGGACGCCCGCCUACGAUACAGCCUCGGGGAGGUUCACAGAUUCAGUGUUGCAGUCUUACCAGGGACCAAGUUGGAGAGCGGACCUGCGGCUCUCCAUUUGUGCAACAACUUACUGGCUCUGUCGCGGGACGUCCCUCCUGUUAUCAUCGGCCACUGGAACCUUCCAGACCUGCGCAGAUAUGGACCUGUACCCAAUGGAUUUGUGUUUGAAGGAGGAACAAGAUGUGGCUACUGGGCCGGUGUUUUUCUGCUCGCAUCUGCUGAGAGCGAGCAGAUCAGCUUUCUAUUCGACUGCAUCGUCAGGGGCAUCUCCCCCACCAGAGGCCCCUUUGGACUGCGGCCAGUUUUGCCAGAUCCCAGCGCCAGUCAGACCAAUUCAGAGGAGAAGUUAAACCAUGAGGCUCAGGAGCUGGAGAAACGACUGAGCAUGCUCUCUCACAGGAGCAGCACAGCGUCGUCCACGUACUGCCCGUCUGCCGGAGGAGACGACCGCAGCAUAUCCGGUUCUUCUGACACCUCAGACACCAGCCAAUCGGACUGCAGUAUUGGCAGCCGGCUGGCCAUUUGGACCGAACCGGCCUCAGCUCCGUCUGAAAAUGUCGGUCAUGUGGCUGCUAAAGUGGCACUACAGAGCAUCGAAAAGCUCUCAGUCAGCCAGGGAGCUGGAAGUCGGCCUGCGGCCAAGCCCCCCCGUCAACUUCAGGAAAUUGGACGUCAGAGUUCAUCUGACAGCGGCAUUGCCACCGGCAGCCAUUCCUCCUACUCUGGGAGUUUCUCCUCCUACACAGGCAGCCUGGAUAUCACCACUGGGGAAGACUUUGGGUCUGUUUUUAGCUUGCCUCCCCACUUGGCUCAAGACCUGAGCCCUUGUACUUGCCCCACUGUUUCUGGACAUGAGUACCAGGUGCCAACAUCACUUAGGUAUCUCUAUGACUCUCCUAAGAGUCUUUUACUAGAGGGAAAUGUGGGUGCCAAAGACAAUGAACCCCCCACACCAACUAAGGACACAUCUGCGCUGCCAGGUCUCACAAUAGAGUCAGCAAAGGGGGAUAAGAGCAGUGUCACGACUUGUGAGGUUCACUCAGAAAAUACUGAAAGACAAUCAUUGAGUGAACACUCUCAGAGCCCUGCAGAGGAGAGUAAAAAAAACAAGGUGGUGCCCUCCAGUGAACAUCCUGACCCCUGUCACAUCUGCAGCUCCCUCACAUCUGUCUCCAAAACCAUUGUAACCAUCUGCUCAGUGUGUGGUGGAUUUAAGGGGACACCGUGCAUUGCUGCAAGUGGUUCAGUGAUAGCUGCCGUACCAGAUCAAAGCGUUGACAAAUCACCAUGCAGACCCGGCACUGCCAUUGAAUACAGUAUUGCGGUGAAGAAAAUUCUGGAGAAAUCCGGGGCCUCUCCUGGCUCUGGAAGCAUCCUCGGGAUGAGUGAGGAUUCGCUGCUGCCAAAAAGAGGAAGAGAGAAAUUAGCCAGUCUCUUAGCUGAUCUGCUCGGCUUUCCAAGUGCAGAUAGGCAGCCAGAGGCAAAGCCAAACGGACUUAACUUGUAUGAGUCAAUGAGCCCUGCUUUUGGAAAUGAGCUCAACUCUGCACCGACUGGCACCUGUGUACCAUUACAAGAUUCACAGCAAGACAGAAGAGCUGUCAUUUAUGAAAAUUGUUUGAAGUGUCAAAGAGACCACUGCCAGCCUCCUCCCCGGGUCGUACCUGCUGAAAUGAUCCGCAACAGGAACAUUUACUCUUUGCAAACCUUUCCAUCCGGGCUGAACCUCAAGAAAAGCCAAGGACAUGAAGUAGCUGUUAAUGAAGAGCUGCUCUAUCAAGCUCACAGUGAUGGAUCACACGGCGUGGACGGGCAGUGUCAGUAUGAGGAGAUGAAUGGUUGCUCAGUGACCAGUGAAGACAAAAGGCUUAAUAGCAAAGAGGAAAGACGAAGAGCUGAUCCUGCUUAUGAGAUCAUGGAGAGUCGAGCGCCGGAGAGGAGCUCUGAGGCAGAAGAAAAAAGCAAGUAUGAAUUAAUGGGCAGCUGUGGUCAGCAGAGGUUCCUUCAAGAGACUGAAGGGGCAGUGUUUGUUUUCCCCCCUGAGGCACCACCUCCUGACAGGCCUUGCAGCGAAGGGGUGACAUAUGUGAAUAUUCCUGUUAGUCCCACAUCCAAGAAGCAGCUCAACUACAUGGAGCUGGAGCUGCAGGAGCCAGGGCCUGGCCCCCGAGGGACUGUCACACAUCUACCAGCUCAGAGGAAGAGCUCCACAAAGUAUGCCCAGAUUGACAUCACAGCCACAGAGACCGCCCACAAAGUCGGCACGCAGCACGCCCUGGGUCGGCAGGAGGGCCUGCACACUCUGGAGCUGAGACGAAAGGGGACACCACAUUGA